GAGAGACUGAGAACAAUGGGAACUAGGGCCGUUGCCGUUGCGGCGGCGGCAGGUGCUGCCGGGAUGUCGGGCGAGGCGGGGCUGGCCGGCGUCCCGAGGUUACUGGAGGAUCUAGCGCGACUCUCUGAGGAUAAGGACUCAGCUGAUAUCGUGUUUCUACUGGGGAGGGACGAAACCCCGGUCUAUGCCCACAGAAUAAUACUUCAAGCCAGGUGCAAGAACUUCACGGCCGCCAAGAGGAUCGGCACACCCGGAAACCCGACGCCGGUGCGGAUGCCGCACGCACACCCGGAAACGUUCCGCCAGUUCAUCCGUUACAUCUACACCGGCAUGAUAAUACUGCAAGACAGCGGUAUUUUCGAGAUGCUGGGAUUGGCGCAAGAGCUUGGCAUCGAGGAACUUUGGAGGAGUUGCGAGGAACACGUGUCUACCACUUUAAGCCCCGGAAACGCCUGCGCGCUUUUAACCGCCGCUUUGGACGCCCAGGAACGAGUCCCAGGUAUUUAUUAUCUCAUUAUUCUUGCGUUAUCAAUAUUAGUUUGCAGUUUGCUUGCAAUAAGUCGUUGUUCGUACGUCCUUGAAAUUGCAAACACCGGCACGAAGAUGUCGUACAAGGGGCCGCAGAAGGUGCAGAAGGUGAUGGUGCAGCCUAUCAACCUGAUAUUUCGCUACCUUCAAAACCGCUCGCGCGUCCAGGUGUGGCUGUUCGAGAACGUGAAUCUGCGCAUCGAGGGCCACAUCGUCGGCUUCGACGAGUACAUGAAUCUGGUGCUGGACGACGCUGAGGAGUACCACCAGAAGACGAAAAACAAGAAACCGCUAGGACGUAUCAUGCUGAAGGGUGAUAACAUCACGCUGAUUCAGAACACCAAUCCCGGAGCGAAUUAAGGCGGCGGACCUAACCUCGACCCGCGCUGCGUUUCGGCGCGAAUCCGGGGACAAGUCUGGUUGGACUGCACAAGGGGACACUCAGGGAGACUGUUGGACACGAAAAUGACGCUACUUUGUAGAUUUGGGAAAAUGUAUUGUGUGUGAUUGAUGAAUGUAUCGAUGAAGAUGAAUAUGCUGGUUUUAGGUUAUCUCUCGAACGUUUUUCAGCAAUUUGUUUUCUUCCCGAUAAAUUGCGAUAAUUGCGAAACGUAAAGUUCCAUCGUGAGAGAUGAUUGUCUCCAUAUUUUGCGUUCAAUUUACGUCAGCAUACAUCUGAAUAGUUAAAAUAAUUAAUGUUGUACUUUCUGGUUGUAACUGCUGGUAAACAUGUGAAUGUAAACACGUGUACAUUCUGCACACUGUAACGUUACGUAUACAUUAUAGUACCAAACGAUUGGAAAGAAAUUAUUUAAUACGAUGCACUUUAUGUGAGAAGUUAUUCCAAAUGUGUAUUGUGUGAAAGAAUUGGACAUAUAUGUAACGUAAACAAUUAUUAAAUAGCUUAUUUCUAAA